AUGCUGCCACGUGGCUGCCUACCACUGCUGUUGACGGUGCUGAGCGUCUUUGCGGCUUGUACUGCGCUGGCCGACUAUGGUCCACGCGAUGCAGUGGUAGUGCUCACGGAGAAGAACUUUGAGAAGGAGGUGCUGCAGAGUCCGGACUAUUGGCUUGUCGAGUUUUAUGCUCCUUGGUGUGGACAUUGCAAGCAGCUCGAGCCCGAGUUCAAGGCAGCGGCCAAGAAACUGAAGAAACACGCUCGACUGGGUGCUGUUGACGCAACGGCUUACCAGCAGUUGGCACACAAGUACCAGAUCAAGGGGUACCCGACGAUCAAAGAGUUUGGUGCGAAGAAGACACGUCCACAGGACUAUCGUGGCGGCCGCACUGCGCGAGACAUUGUGCAGUACGUGAAGAACUCACCCCAGGCAAAGAAGCUAGGAGUCAGCAGCGCCAAUAUUGCGACUCUCGCGUACGAGAAUGUGUAUGCGUUCUUGAACGCCGGUAAGCCGUCGGCUGUUUUCUUCGGCAGUCCCAAGAACGGCAAGAAGAGCUCCAAGACACCGCCGAAGUGGAUGAGCAGCUUGGCCGAGUCGUUCAUGGAAGGCACGAAGAAGAAAAGGAGCCCGAAGGUGCAAGUGGCGUAUGUGCCAGGAUCAGAUGGCCAGAUUGCCAACCACUUUGAGCUUGACGAAGACGCGCUGCCUACUGUCAUCUACGUGUACCCAGUCAGCCACAAGUACAUUGUGCUGGAGGGGAGUACCGUGAACGAAGCUAUCGCCAAGAAGUUUAUCGAUGACGCGUUGGCGAACACAGAAGCGGCCGAGGCGGAUGGGUUGCUGCCUCUGGUGCCGUUGUUCCCGUCGCCUGCACUGGCGAAGAAGAGACCCAUGGUUGCAUUGGAGGAACUGAACGUGGAAACCGUUGGUGAUUGCGUGGCGAACCGGAACAAGAUGUGCGUCGUGGUGGCGAAAGAGGACACGGAGUUGGCGCGCUCGCUAGCAAAGAAGUACCGCCGUGACCCGUUCGUGUUCUUGGCCAGUAAGCCGGACGCGCCGAUUUUCCAAGCUCUGACCAAUUUCGUUGGCGAGACUGCUGAAGUGAUUGUCAUGAGGUCCGGCCACACGAUGAAGUAUUUGGCCCUGCCCAGCGCGGGCGAUGAGAGCACUAUGUCGGAGUUCUUAGACAAGCUCAUUGACGGCACGACUCCGCUCUCGGCGGUCAGCGGUGACAUGCAAACUUUCGUCGCCGCGGUCACUGGCGCGUCGGUGGAGCACGAGGAACUGUAA